UCUGAACCCGUCAGGCCCCAGCGUCGUGUCUAGAGAGGACCCCACAGUCCACUAUGGCGUCGCCCGGUGGAACUUUAAACUGUGAGGACUUUUCAAUGUUUCAGGAGGUGCUGAAGGUGAUGCGCAACAUAGAUGACCGCAUCGUCCAUGCCCUGAACACGACCGUGCCCACAGUCUCCUUCUCAGGCAAAGUGGAUGCCACACAAACAUGCAAACAGCUCUAUGAAUCGAUGAUGGAGGCCCAUCUGAGCAGAGACAAAGCUAUCAAGUCAUGUAUAGUCAAAACAUCUGAGGUGGUGGGACAACUUCGUGAAGAAAGGGCAAAAGACAGCGAAAACCUUGCACUCAUCAAACAGCUCAGAAAGGAGCAGACCAAAUUAAAGCUUAUGAAAUCAGAGCUGAAUGUUGAGGAAGUUGUCAAUGACAGAAGUCUGAAGAUUUUCCAUGAAAGGUGCAGAAUCCACUACACGCCUCCGAAGGUGAAGUGAAGCUUCGUCUGAUGAGAGGAGCUGUUUCACUCAAGGCUCUAAUCCAGACUGGAGCUAAAACUGUGAUCGGACCCGAGUCCUGACUGCAGGCUGGCAACCAUUCAGACCACUGUGACCUCUUCUCCGACACACUUGUAUUCCAUUGUGAUUAUCGUAUUGCAUCGCCACAGCAGUAAAACAGUCUUCCGUGUGCUUCUAUAAUGAGAAACACUGUACAGAGUUUUUUAAAAAGACAAUGAAAUGUUUUCAAGUGA